CACACACUGGGCAUGCGUCACUGGGAUAAUGGAAGACUGUCUUUUUCCUCCCGCACUGAUGAUGUCUGUAUUUCUACUCUAUUACCUGUAAUCUGAACUGAAAACAACUCGUCUACAUUUCAGUGUGUAGUUGAGGUCAAAGUAACAAAGCCAAGAUGACUACAGAUAUGCCAGCCCAAAGCGUGGGCUCCAGGAUAAUGACGUUCACCCCCUCCAAAGAGGAGUUCAAGGACUUCAGCCGGUACAUUGCCUAUAUGGAGUCACAAGGAGCACACAAAGCUGGAAUGGCAAAAGUUAUUCCACCUAAUGGCUGGAAACCUAGACAGACAUACGAUGAUAUUGAUGACCUGGUAAUUCCUGCUCCUAUUCAGCAGGUGGUUACCGGCCAGUCAGGACUCUUUACACAGUACAACAUCCAGAAGAAGCCAAUGACUGUCCACGAGUUCCGCAAGACCUCCAAUUUGGAUAAAUUCUGCAAUCCCCGAUAUGUGGAUUUUGACGAGCUGGAGAGGAAGUUUUGGAAGAACCUGACCUUCAACCCACCUCUAUAUGGGGCUGAUGUCAGCGGAACACUGUAUGAUCCAGAUGUGACUGAAUGGAACAUCGGCCACCUCAACACCAUUCUGGACACUGUGGAGAACGAGAGCGGUAUCAAAAUCAAAGGAGUCAACACACCUUACCUCUACUUUGGGAUGUGGAAGAGUGCCUUCGCGUGGCACACAGAGGACAUGGAUCUGUACAGCAUCAACUACCUGCACUUUGGAGAGCCAAAGUCCUGGUACGUUGUCCCACCAGAGCAUGGGAAAAGACUGGAAAGACUUGCCAAGGGUUUCUUUCCAGGGAAUGCUCAGAGCUGUGAAGCCUUCCUGCGUCACAAGAUGACUUUAAUUUCACCGUCAAUCCUGAAAAAAUAUGGCAUACCAUUUGAGAAGGUCACUCAGGAGGCUGGGCAAUUCAUUGUGACAUUCCCAUUUGGUUAUCAUGCUGGUUUCAACCAUGGCUUCAACUGUGCCGAGUCGACCAACUUUGCCACCCAGCGAUGGAUUGAUUAUGGCAAACAGGCAACACUGUGUUCGUGCCGUCAGGACAUGGUGAAGAUCUCCAUGGAUGUGUUUGUGCGCAAAUUUCAGCCUGACCGUUAUAAGCUGUGGCAGGCAGGGAAGGACAACACCCCCAUCGACCACUCUAAACCCACACCAGAGGCUGCAGAGUUUCUGAAAGAAGACAAGAGUGAGCCUUCAAAAGAGACUCCCAUUGAAGUUGUAUCUGAGGAGCCAAUGUCUCCUGCCCAGGAGGACAAAAGCAGUCCAAAGCCUCAGACUGGGACAAAGCGUCAGCUUGAAGCCUCUGAAGACAUCAAACCUGAGGUGACCAUUAAGGAGACUGAGGAGGUGGAGCCAAAGAAGGCCAAGCUGUCACGUAAGGAGUCUCCAAGUCAAGUCCCUGUCAAGACAGAUAAAGACACAGUGAAAGUCAAGACAGAGCCCAAGAAGGAGAAAGACACUAAGCAGCAGACUAAAGCCCAGACCAAAGCCAGCACUAAGAAAACUGGCAGCCGACAAAGCACACCAAAAAAAGAGAAAAACAGUGUUUCCGAUGUGUGUCCUCCCGAGCCUUUUGAGAGCCAGGUGGUGGCUCUGUGUUCUGAGGAGGCAGGUGGCAGUGAGGAGCCUCCGCUGGGCAGCAGCUGCAGCCCACCACACAAACUAUUUCAGAGGACGCUGAGCCCCACAGAUGUCCUGCAUGUUCACAGCUAUGCCAAAGGAGACUACGGAGAGGGAGAAGCCCCGCCCAAGGAGGAGAAGAAGAGUGAGGGCAGUGACAAUAAGACGGAGAGCAGAAAUGUUAGCAAAGCACAGGUGGCAGAAGAGGUGGCUGGAGAUGGAGAGCCAGAGAGUGACCUAGGGCAGCUGCCAGGCCACCAUCCGCUCAUAAAGGAUGGCAUGAGUGAUGAAGAGGCCCCAGAGGAGGUCCCCACAUUAGAGGAGGGUGGUCUGGAAGGGGAGAGCUGGGCUAAACCCCUGGCUCACCUGUGGCAGAGCAGACCUCCCAACCUGAAAAAAGAGAGGGAUUACAAUCAGCGCAUGGGAUCCAAAUCUCCAUAUUGCUCCAUCUGCAUCCUGUUCCACACAUACCGUCAGACUGAAUGUGGGAGCAGUGUAGACGCUCCUGUCAUACUUGCUGGUGGACGGAUGCGGACCAAACCUCUUAUCCCAGAGAUGUGUUUCACCACCACCACGGAGGAGGACUCUGAGUGUGAGGAGCAGCCCGUCACCCCUCAUCUAGAGGAAGAUGGAACCAGCCUCCUCAUCAGCUGCUCUCAGUGCAGCAUCCGGGUUCACACCAGCUGUUAUGGUGUGGAUCCAGCCACUGUGAGCAACGAGUGGAAAUGUGCACGCUGCAAGGCCAACGCCAUGAAGGAGAAUUGCUGUUUGUGUUCACUGAGAGGUGGAGCCUUGCAGAAAGCCAACAAUAAUAAGUGGGUACAUGUGCUGUGUGCAGUAGCUGUGCUGGAGGCACGCUUUGUCAACGUCACUGAAAGAAGUCCUGUGGAUUUAAGUGGAAUCCCUUUGCAGAGAUUUAAACUGAAAUGUUACUACUGUAAGAAGCGGAUGAAGAAGGCGUCUGGCUGCUGCGUGCAGUGCUCUCAUGGCCGCUGUCCCACUGCCUACCACCCCACCUGUGCCCAGGCUGCUGGAGUACUCAUGCAGCCAGAUGAAUGGCCCUUUGUGGUCCAUGUUACCUGCUGUCGCCACAAAGGCCCAACUCAGAUUGAGCGCAAUAAAGCAGUCAUGCAUGAGCUGACUGUGGGACAGAAGGUGAUAUGCAAGCACAAGAAUGGCCGCUACUACCAGUGUGAUGUGGUGCAGCUGUCUAAAGAGACGUUUUACGAAGUCAACUUUGAUGAUGGCUCCUUCAGUGACAAUCUCUUUCCUGAAGACAUUGUGAGCCGAGACUGUGCUCAGCUCGGACCACCAGCCCAGGGUGAAGUGGUCCAGGUGCGAUGGACAGAUGGCCUGGUGUAUGGGGCCAAAUUUGUGGCAGCGCAUGCCAUCCACAUGUACCUGGUGGAAUUCGAGGAUGGGUCACAGCUAACAGCCAAGAGAGAUGAUGUCUACUCUCUGGAUGAGGAACUCCCCAAGAGAGUCAAAUCCAGACUGUCUAAAGCAUCGGACAUGAGAUUUGAUGGCAUCUUUGAAGAGAAGGAGAUUAUCCAGGAGUCGAAGAGGCAGAGAGUGAUCAACUCACGUUACAGAGGAGACUACAUAGAGCCUGUGAUAUACAGAGCCAUCAUGGAGUAACCCUCACUCCCUGUCUGCUCACCCACACACCACCAGCACUGACAGACUGAACUGUGCUCACCGUACCUUAACAUUGCAGCUAGCCACUGAGAGAGUGUAGCUCCAGAUGACUUCCUUCAGGACCCGCUUUGGACUGUUAUUGAUUUCUUACUUCUCAUUCAUCCAUCUAUGUUAAUUCAACAAGAAUUAUUUUUGCUUUGUUUGACUGUGAUCAAAGAAACAGCAGUAUUUUUUUAUUUCAGUCUUUCAGUAGGCUGACAUCCAGUCUUGACAGUACAUAAAAGUAGGAAGCAAUACAAAAAUGGCAUUUGUUCAAUAAAGGAGCAUUUUGACAGU